AUGGCUCCGACCGGCUACCCUACCUUGCUCGGAGCUCCCGAUUUCCCGAACAAGACGGAACGACCUCGCCCUUCUGCCAGCACUCCCCCAGCGUUCCCCCACAACUUCUCCGACCAUGACGCCGUCAUGUUUGUUGACAAAUACCAACGAUGGCUUGUCGACGAAACCCGGCAGCCAGUUGUCCAAGCCUCAAGCCUCGACAGACGCAGUGUCGCCCUGGAGUAUGAAGCUCAGCGCAAUAAGUUGCAGCAGCCCAGCGGCAGCGUCCGAUGGUUCAUGUCCAUCGUUGGCGGUUCCAAGCACUCGAGCACGGUGCCUCUUGAGAAUCUGAUGCCGGGUGAGUUUUCGCCGAUUCCCACCUUCACGCAAGGCCGUUAUCUGCUUUGUCGUGUUGUCGCUCCUGCCCUUGUGAUGAAUGGCGUUCACCUUGCUGUUGAAGACGUUGAAGGCACUGUGCAAAAGCUGUCCAUCUACAAUUUCCCCUCCACCUACGACUGCACCUUCUCCCAUCUCGACGCACUCUUCCCCAUUGGCGGCAUCAUGAUCAUCCGUGAGCCGACGCUCAAGACGGCCACACAAGGCGCUUUUCCAGUGGUCCGCGUUGACAGUCCCACAGACGUGGGGCUCUUUGGAAGGCGGGAGUGUCUAUCCAGAGGUCCCAAACACUCCUGCACGACAGACGCAUGGAUCCAGCGGGGUAACGAGUAUGCCAACAUGUCGCAGUGGUUCCUGGCGGCGCACGCGUACUGCCAUGCGCUUACCUUGGACCCUACGGCGCUGGCGGCUCGUCUCAAUCGCGCGGAGGCGUAUCUUCAUCUAGGGUACUUCUCUGGUGCUCAGUGCGAUGCACAGAGAGUACUUGACGUGAAGGGUCUCGAUCGAGCCCGGGCCACCAAGGCGCGCUUCCGCUUGGCCCGAGCUCAGUACGGCCGGAAGCAGUUCGCGAACGCCGAGAAGUCCUUCUACCGCUUCGCUGAAGAGACACCCACCGAGCCGUCGGCUAGUCAAUGGAUCACACAGUGUCAGGCUCGCCGACGGGAAGCCUCGACCGGACUUUACGAUUGGGCGACAUUAUACAGGACGGCAUAUUCACGAAUCCGGUUGGACGUCGCGGAAUACUGGGGCCCCAUGAAGGUGAGCCGGAUGCCUCAUAUGGGGGGUGGCCGCGGGGUUGUUACCGCUAGGGAUGUGCAAGUUGGCGAACUGCUGCUGGUUUCGAAGCCAUUCGCGUCGGUGUACCACGAGGACCUCCCCAAGAACCGGGUCGUGCUCACCUUCGACCUCCUAUCUGGCGGAGCGUUGGGCGACCAGAGCGGCGCUCUGCUUCUGUCUCGCAUCGUCGAACGGCUCUAUGGAAACCCUGAUGUUCACGCCGAGGUGUACGAGCUAUAUGCCGGUAGCGGUUUCCCUUCGCCUCCUGAUAACUAUUCUCCUUCGUGCCUCCCACCUCAACCCGUUGACCUUCUCUCACCCAUAUGCAACAUCGACCAACCCCGGGAGCCGACCAGCGGGGCUUACCCGUCCGCCUCCCUCUUCAACCACGCCUGCUCCUCGACCGCGGUCUGGUACUGCAUCGGCGACGUCCUCGCCGUCCGCGCCGCCUCCAACCUUCCUUCUGGGACCGAAGUCACGAUCCCGUACACGGUCGAGCCCUCGUACCGCACCCGCCAGGCCGCGCUCCGUGCGCACAUGAUGCGCGAGCUCGAGGCGCGGAUCGGCGCGACGUUCGCGUCCGCGCGGGGCCCCGUGCGCCCGCUGCACGCCCUCGCGCUGCACGCCCUCGCGGAGCGCCUCCGGCUGGAGGGCAGCCCGCGGUGCGCCGCGGAGGCGAUCGGGGCGGACGUGCGCGCGCUGCGCUGCUUCGGGCUCACGGUGCGCUCUGGCGGCGGGCCCGGGCUGCCGAUCGCGACGGACGGGCUGCCGGUGGGGACGACGUUCGAGCGGCCGGCGGAGGUGCUGCUCCGGAUCGCGGGCACGCUCGUCGGGCUCGGGGAGCGCACGAACGCGGAGCCGUGGGUCCGCGCGGCGUUGUGGGUGACGAACGCCUCGGUGGGCGGGGGCACGGCGCUCUUCAUGGACCUUCACCGCAAGGCGCUGGACGAGAUGGGGCUCGGCGCGUUCGCGGCGAACGUGCUGGCCUCGUGA